AUGGCAGCCCCAGCCCACCACGCCGACGGCGCCACCAAGGCCUACUUCGACCACUCGUCGGCCCAGCGCGUGUCCACCGACACCGUCCUCGCCCGCGCCCUGAAGGAGCAGUAUCCGCAGCUGGAGCUCGUCAUCACCCCCGAGUCCAACUGCGCCCUCUUCGCCUUUGCCCUCUCGGGCCACGCUGCCCUGACGCCCGUCGACGACGCCAAGGGCGACCACCACGGCGGCGGCAAGUCAGCCGCCCUACCGUCGUCGCUGUCAUGGGACGUCUACCUGCCGCCGGCCCGCCGCCUCGACGGCGCCCGCGGCGGCAUCGCUGAGCGCCUGCUGUUCGGCAAGUUCCUCUACAGGUGGCGCGACGCCGAGUUCAUCAUCUACCUGGCCGACGGCCGCGACGGCAGCAACUCUUACCCGGCCGUCACCAACUACUACGUCCUCUGCUCUCCGGCCGAGCGCCCUGCGGUCGACGACCUGCUGCUCGCGGCCGGCGCCUGGACCAACGAGCUGCACGACGAGGUCUGGGUCUUUGACGGCGGCUACUGGCGCAAGAGCGCCGAGCUGUACGACAGCAUCCGCAAGGCCUCGUGGGACAACGUCAUCCUGGACCCGUCCAUGAAGAAGGCCAUCAUCGACGACCACCUGUCCUUUUACGGCUCCCGGGACACGUAUGCGAGCCUCAAGGUCCCAUGGAAGCGAGGCGUCAUCUAUUAUGGCCCUCCAGGCAAUGGGAAAACCAUCUCGAUCAAGGCCACUAUGCGGAUGCUGUAUGACCUGAAGGAUCCCGUGCCGACUCUCUAUGUCCGCACCUUGGCAUCUUUCGGCGGCCCGGAAGCCGCCCUCGCCUCCAUCUUUGGCAUGGCGCGGCGGUACGCGCCGUGCUACCUUGUCUUUGAGGAUCUGGACACCAUCGUCGGCGACGACGCCAGGAGUUAUUUCCUGAACGAGAUCGAUGGGCUCAAGGCCAAUGACGGCAUCUUCAUAGUCGGUAGCACAAACCACCUCGACCGGCUUGACCCUGGUAUUUCGAAACGCCCUUCGCGCUUUGACAGAAAGUACUUCUUCCCCGACCCGGACCGCGAGCAGCGUGUCGCGUACUGCCAUUUCUGGCAGCGCAAGCUCGCCGACAACAAGGACGUCGACUUCCCAGACCCACUGUGCGGCGCCAUCGCCGACAUCACGGACAAGUUCAGCUUCGCCUACAUGCAAGAGGCCUUUGUGGCCUCCCUGCUGGCCAUUGCCCGCGAGAACCGCGACGGGGACGGGGAGGGGAUGCUCGAGGACGACUGGGUCGGCGUGAGCGCCCCGCGGCGCCUCAGCUCUGGGAGCUCGCAGGCCGCCUCCAGCCUUGACUCCUGGGCCGACGCCGACGACGACGGCGAGCUGGACAAGCUCGUUCUGUGGGUCCAGAUGAAGAAGCAGGUCAAGAUUCUGCGUGAAGGAAUGGACGACAAAAGCGACGGGCUUUCCGGCAAGCUCGACGCUGUCUCAUUGUGA